AUGGAGAUUGUGUACCUCGUCUCUCUGGGCCUUGUAUCGCUAAUAUCAAUUGUGAUCUAUCGGCUCUAUUUCCACCCUCUCUCUCAUAUCCCCGGUCCCGCCCUUGCUAAGGUCACACACCUGUAUGAAUGGUAUUAUGACCUCUAUCAAGGUGGCCAGUUUACCUUUAAGCUUCACGAUCUCCACCAGAAAUAUGGACCUAUCAUUCGUAUCAACCCCGAUGAAAUCCAUAUCAACGACCCAUAUUUCUUCGACCAGAUCUUUAACCAGACAAAUGGCCGCGCAAAUAAACCUCCCCGCUUCGCAGAGGUUUUUGGUCCCUUUCCUGCAACAAUUGGCACCCCAUCUCAUGAACUUCACCGUGUGCGACGCAGCGCCUUAAAUCCUUUCUUCUCCAAGAAAUCUGUGAACGACCUUUUCCCAGUGAUGUGGAAGCCUAUUGAAAUUCUCCUGCAGCGUCUGCAAAAGUUCUCGGAAACGGGAGAAGUUCUCAAUAUGAAAUACUGCUACGCCGCUGCCACCAUGGAUAUUAUGACUGCCUACUGCUUUGCUCACGAACCAUCCAGCGUACGAGAACCUGAUUUUGGUCGUAAGACUUUUGAUGAUGUGGAUAGCUUCUUGAUCGUCAGCUUGUGGAAUAUUCAUAUGCCAUGGAUUAUGCGCUUCGUUUAUUCACUCCCGGACUGGAUCAACAAAAUCUUCGCGCCAGCAAUGGCUGAUACACUUGAUUUUCGCCUGGCGUUAUCGAAACAAGUUGAGGAUAUUAGACACGAUAAAAAUGUUGUCUAUAAAUAUGCCGGCCAUCGGACCGUCUUCCACGAGUUGCUGAGCAGCAAAUUACCACCGCAAGAAUUAGAAAGGGAUAGACUACGGGAUGAGGCGUUCAGUCUCGUGACUGCAGGGUUUGGUACCACGGCUUUUGUACUUCGAGGUACCUCGUAUCACAUUGCUGCGAAUCCAGCCGUACGACAGAAGCUUCAUGAAGAGCUUGUGGAAGCCAUACCCGAUAUCCAUCAGCCACCUUCUUUGAGCACUGUUGAACAACUUCCCUAUCUAACAGCUGUGGUGCUGGAGGGUCUACGUCUAACCGAACCUGUGUCCCAUCGAAUGAACCGCCAAUUUCCCGACCACGCGCUUGAUUACCACGAAAUUCCAAUCCCAAAAAAUGCGGUCGUAGGAACUACAUCGAUGCUGAUCCAUCAGAACAAAGAACUCUUUCCAGAACCUCAAACCUUCAAACCUGAGCGGUGGCUAGGUGAAGAAGGCAAGAGAUUAGAGCGAUAUCUCGUAUCAUUCAAUAGAGGACCGCGUGCAUGUCUGGGAAUCAAUCUUGCUAAGGCAGAGUUGGUCUUGAUUAUCGCUGCUGUUUUUCGGCAAUUCGACUUUGACGUGUCAGCAGUGAAGCGUGAGCGUGACAUUGAUGUCAGCAGAGACUACAUUCUUGGUGCACAAGCUGCAGAUACGCCUGGUAUCUUGGUGACGGUCAAAGCGUGUUAG